GCAGAUAACGUGGAUGAAAUGCACACGAUGCAAAGUCAGCGCACACGACGCGAAGAUCAACACGGGCGUGCGUUAUGCGCAGCGGCGAGUGGCUCGGGUCGCGGCGCGAGAUCCUUUGCUCGAAAAUAAUACUUUAAUUCAGGCUCUUCGCGACGUACACAGUGGCACGUGCGGCGCGGGACUUUAUUUUCGGAGGCCCAGCGCGUACUUGUGCGGCGAAUGCACAGAACCGGCUGAAAAUUGUCUCUGGCAGCAGCUUUGACCGACACAACUCGAGACAUGACUGAUGCGGAGGCGCGUGGACAGGAUGUUCCUGAAAAGUCCCAGUUCCACGGUACAGCCAAGGAGCAUUCGAACAAUAUUGCAGGUGGAUUUAAUGACGUGUUUGUUAAGAUAUUGAACGAUGAAUCUCACAAGCCGUCAGCGAAAGAGCGCGAGAAAGAGGAGUCGAAUCUUUAUAGACGCAACAGUGUAAAACGGAUCGCAAUAACGUUAUUCUUCGGCCUUCUCGCGGCUUUGUUGCUGUUUUAUCUCGAUCUUCCACUAUUGUACAUGAUCAUGGGUCCAUCACGCACCGCUACAAGUAGCUACGAUGCGGAAGUGGAAUUCAUGAUUGAUAUAAAUAACGACAGCGUCGAGGAGACACGGUAUCGGCAUAUACUAGUGGAUACUCCCGAUGUAUACAUUGAACAAGAGACGUACGAUCGCAAAAUAGUGCCUUUAAAUGAAGGAAGUAACCCACCGGGAGGAAACGAAUCCUUCGGCGUUCAACAGUGCACCAACGUUCCUGAAGUGUUGCGCUUCGAUUGCCAUCCAGAGAAUGGAGCGUCGCAGCUUGCCUGUACGGACAGAGGAUGCUGUUGGAAUCCCCUCGUGAGGGACGGGAGUGAAAAGAGCGUGCCGCUAAAUAUUCCUUACUGCUACUAUCCCGAGGGAUGGGAUCUGUACAGACUCGCCAGCCACAGUCAGGAUGGUAGCAACUUCUUAGGGUUUCUCAGCCGAGAGAAGGAAUCUGCGUACAGGAACAAUGUGCCACUCGCGAAGAUAGAAGCCACGAGCGUAGACAGUUCAAUUCUGCGUGUCAAGAUAUACGAUCCUGCGAAAGCGCGAUAUGAACCACCGUGGCCAAUUAGGUCGGAUCCAAAGCCAUUUUUGUACCAAGUUUCCAAUACAAAAUAUCAGUUUAAGAGCGAUGGCGUAAAACCUGGUUUUAAAGUCAACAGAAUCAGCGAUGGCACAACACUAUUUAAUUCUAUUGGGAUCGGAGGUUUCAUAUUUGCUGACCAGUUUUUACAAAUAAGCACAUUGCUACCAACGAGCAACAUUUAUGGCCUCGGCGAGCAUAGAUCGAGUUUAAAAUUAAAUACUAAUUGGCAAUUGUUCACUUUAUUCAAUAAAGAUCAACCGCCAACGGAGAACGCUAAUUUGUACGGAUCUCAUCCGUUUUACAUUGUUAUGGAGGAGUCUGGGAUAGCUCAUGGAGUCCUAUUUCUAAACAGUAAUGCCAUGGACGUGAUAUUACAGCCUACACCGGCUAUAACGUUUAGGACGAUCGGUGGUAUUUUUGAUAUUUACUUUUUCCUGGGGCCGACUCCAGCUGAUGUAGUGAGACAAUACUCCGAAAUCGUAGGGAAACCGUUUAUGCCACCCUAUUGGUCGCUCGGUUUCCAUUUAUGCAGGUUUGGAUAUGGAUCGUUGGAAAAUACUAAAGCAGUGUGGAACAGAACGAGAGCGGCUGGAAUCCCAUUUGACACUCAAUGGAACGAUCUGGAUUAUAUGGACAAAAAUAAUGAUUUUACAUACAAUAAAGAGAAAUUCAGGGAUUUGCCCGAGUUUGUGGAAGAAAUUCACUCGGUAGGAAUGCAUUAUAUCCCUUUGAUAGAUGCUGGCAUAUCUGCUUCCGAAGAUAAUGGCUCUUAUCUGCCUUACGACGAAGGGAUAAAACAAGAUAUAUUCGUGAAAGACGGUACGUCCUCCAAGCCUUUCGUCGGCAAAGUUUGGAAUUUCGUUUCCACGGUAUGGCCAGAUUUCACAAACCCCAAAACCAUGAUCUACUACGCAAGUAUGAUGGGCGAUAUGCACAACAGUUUCGCAUACGACGGUGCAUGGAUCGAUAUGAACGAGCCGUCCAAUUUCUACAAUGGUUAUAAAAACGGCUGUGCGCAUAACAACCUAGAUUAUCCCGAAUAUGUCCCCAAUGUCGUUGGCAAUUUGCUCUCUACGAAAACUCUCUGCAUGAACGCGAAACAUUAUUUGGGCGCUCACUACGAUCUUCACAAUACUUAUGGAACUAGCCAAGCGAUUACCACGAAUUAUGCUCUUAGGAAGAUUAGACUGAAGAGACCGUUUAUAAUAUCGCGCUCGACAUGGGUGGGACACGGUCAUUACGCGGGUCAUUGGACGGGUGACGUUUAUUCAUCAUGGCAUGAUUUGAAGAUGAGCAUUCCAGCCAUUUUGUCACUCAAUUUCUAUCAAAUUCCAAUGGUGGGCGCGGAUAUUUGCGGUUUCGACGGGAACACAACCGCUGCGUUGUGCAAUCGCUGGAUGCAACUUGGUGCCUUCUAUCCAUUUUCUCGAAAUCAUAAUUCCGAUAGUACAACUGAGCAGGACCCGGUUGCAUUGGGCGACUUAGUUGUACAAUCGUCCAAAAAUUCUCUCAGAAUACGUUACCGACUCUUACCGUAUUUGUACACCUUGCUCUUCAGAGCACAUAAAUUUGGAGAAACAGUAGUACGUCCACUGUUCUUCGAAUUUACCGAUGACCAACAGACUUAUGACAUUGACACGCAAUUUCUUUGGGGAAGUGCGUUUAUGAUCAACCCGGUUCUCGAAGAAGACAAGAUUGAGAUAGCUGUUUAUGUACCGCGUGGUCUUUGGUAUGAUUAUUAUACCCUGAAGUCCUUCUUCUCCAUUGGGAAACAUUUUACCUUACCUGCACCGAUUGACACCAUACCACUAUUGAUUCGUGGAGGCUCGAUACUGCCAGCGCAGAAACCGGGUGUAACGACAACGGAGAGCAGAAAGAAUGAUUUUGAAUUAGUAGUAGCGUUGGAUGAAGCUGGAAAUGCCAACGGAGAACUGUAUUGGGAUGAUGGCGAUAGCUUAGAUUCGAUAAAAAAUAAAAAGUUCUUAUGGCAGUCGUUCGUUGCAAACCAAUCUAACUUGAUGAACGUGAAACUGGAAGAAGCAAGCUACUUUAUGGAAGAGGUGAUUCUUGGAAAAGUACAGAUUUUGGGAUUACAACAGCAGGUCUCUCGAGUGUUCCUGAAUAAAAAUGAAAUAGGAUUUAAAUACGACGUUUUUACAUCGAGCCUAGAUAUCACAGGUUUACAAGUGGACAUGAGACAACCGUUCGAAUUUUACUGGACACUUGGAGAACCCAACGAUAAUGCUAUUAAUUAAACGUGUAUAUCACGGUGUAUAAAUUUCAGAACUAAUAAUUAAUGUGACAUGUGAUAUGUUUAUACGUAUAAUAGUUUUUUUUUAAAUAAUAUUCUACUUUAAGUUGAUAUAUAUUUUUCUUAUUCACU